AGUUGGUUAAGUGAUCUACAAUAUACCCACUACACUUUUCAACAUUUUAUCAGCAAGGGGAAGGAGGAGAAACCAGUAAAACUUUCUUUAUUUUUAAGUAUCUUAUGGGUGCUCCAUUAUCAGCCUGGCCCUGGGAGAACUUGGGGAUAUUCAAGUAUGUUUUGUACGGGCCAUUUGUGGCUAAAGUACUACAUGAAAUGUUAUAUGUGGAAGACUCCAACCUCAGCUUCAGCUGGUGCCUUCAUCUGCUCAUACUGUGCGGUCUAAGAGGUUUUCUUCACGUGCUGUGGAAUUCUUACAGUAAUAUGCUGUUUCUUACACGAAAUCGACGGAUUCUUCAACAGGGGAUCGAUUUCAAGCAGAUUGACAAAGAGUGGGACUGGGAUAACUUCUUGAUUCUCCAAGCUAUAAUUGGCUCCAUGGCCUAUUAUAUGUUUCCCAGCCUUCAAAAUUUACGUCUCUGGAACACGAAAGGUCUUAUUGUAGCUUUGAUGCUUCAUGUGGGAAUCUCAGAACCACUUUAUUAUUGGGUGCACAGGAAGUUUCAUGGACCCUAUCUUUUCACCAAUUAUCAUUCACUUCACCACUCAGCUCCAGUACCUCAGUCAUUAACAGCUGGAAAUGCAACAGUUUUGGAGCAUCUUUUUCUGACGCUAGUGAUUGGAAUCCCGAUCCUUGGGACCUCUCUGAUGGGACAUGGAUCAGCAAGUUUGAUAUAUGGUUACCUUUUGAUUUUUGAUUUUAUGAGAUGUUUGGGCCAUUGCAACGUUGAAAUUGUUCCACAUAAGCUGUUCAAGACAUUCCCAUUUAUGAGAUAUGUCCUAUACACACCAACAUACCAUAGCCUACACCACACUGACAAGGCCUCUAAUUUCUGCCUCUUCAUGCCUCUCUUUGACGCACUAGGGCACACGCUUAACAGCAAAUCAUGGCAAUUACACGAAUCAUUCAGAAUCAACGCAGGAAAUGGUAGUAGGGUACCGGAUUUUGUUUUCCUGGCCCAUAUAGUCGAUGUCACAUCCUCAAUGCAUGUUCAGUUCUGCCUCAGAUCCUUCGCUUCUUUGCCAUUCAGAACGAGGCUCUUCUUGAUCCCCUUUUGGCCAAUUGCCUUGAUAGCUUUGUUAGCCAUGUGGCUUUGGUCUAAGACCUUUUUAGUUUCCUUCUACUACCUCAGAUGUAGACUACACCAAACCUGGGUUGUACCUAGGUGUGGCUUCCAGUAUUUCUUGCCAUUUGCUACUGACGGCAUCAAUAAGCAAAUUGAGCAAGCUAUCCUCAGGGCUGAUAAAAUUGGGGUGAAAGUCAUCAGUUUGGCUGCUUUGAAUAAGAAUGAAUCUCUAAAUGGGGGAGGAAAACUUUUUGUGGACAAACACCCAAACCUUAGAGUUCGAGUUGUUCAUGGGAAUACCUUAACAGCAGCUGUCAUACUGGAUGAAAUCCCUAAAGAUGUGGAAGAGGUUUUCCUAACAGGAGCUACUUCCAAGCUCGGAAGAGCAAUUGCUCUCUAUCUUUGCCGAAAGAAGGUGAAGGUUCUGAUGUUAACUCUUUCAGCAGAUAGAUUUCAGAGAAUUCAAAAGGAAGCUCCCCCAGAAUACCAAAGCUACCUUGUUCAAGUAACAAAAUACCAAGCAGCACAAAAUUGCAAGACCUGGAUUGUUGGAAAGUGGAUCACGCCAAGAGAGCAAAACUGGGCGCCACGUGGAACACAUUUCCAUCAAUUUGUCGUCCCACCGAUCUUGCCAUUUCGAAGAGACUGCACUUAUGGUGAUCUAGCGGCAAUGAGGUUACCAGAAGAUGUGGAAGGCCUUGGCUGCUGUGAGUACACGAUGGAGAGAGGAGUAGUUCACGCAUGCCAUGCAGGAGGAGUUGUACAUAGUCUUGAAGGUUGGACUCAUCACGAAGUUGGAGCCAUAGAUGUUGAUAGGAUCGAUGUUGUAUGGAAAGCUGCACUCAAACAUGGUCUAAGACCAGUGUCUUCAGGAUCCAGCGUAAAAUAAAAUUCAAGUUUGAUUCAAAAUUGAAGUAAAUGCUUUGUAAUGAGUUCUACUGUAUUUUAGAGUGGUCAUUAAAUGUGGUUAAAUUCUUUCAAGUUGAUUUAUCGAAGUUGUUAAACGUUCACAUCCGUAAUGAUGAGAUUGAAGCAAGCUAGCUGUUACCCAUUCCCUAAUUAGCUUCAUACUGGAACAUCUCCUUUUCCAUUAACUUAGUGAAUACAUUAUAGUGGAAAGUACACGA